UGAGAAUAGAGACAGGACUGCUGGCAAUUGAUUUAGGGUGGAAGUGAGUGUAAUUAGGGAUGCCCUAGCCCGAUGGUCUGGUGCUUAACCUGUAGAUCCCAACUGCACUUCUUUAGAUCUCGAUAUCCAUUCAUCCUAGGCUCAUUACUAAAGGGUAAAGUCACUUCAAAGCCAAUGAACUGCGAUUCAUUUUUUACUACAUAACCGCUUCUUAAUGAAGUCAAUUCAAACCCUGCCGGAAACCACCGUCUCGCGCCUUCGCUCACAAGUCGUAAUAACAUCAGCAGCACAGUGUAUAUCCGAGCUGCUUCAGAACUCGCUGGAUGCCCGGUCGACCAAAAUCGAAAUCUCGCUGCAUUCGGAGGACUAUUAUAUCUCUGUGAAGGACAAUGGAUCUGGGAUUGUGCCGCGCGAUAUGGAGAGUUUGGGGUCUCCUCAUUCUACUUCGAAAUUGAGCGCUUUAUCUGAUCUAGAAAAUGUCCAGACCUUUGGUUUCAGGGGAGAAGCUCUGGCGAGUAUAGCUGCCGUAUCGCUGCUUACUAUAACGUCGCGCCACGAGGACUACCGAAUAACCACCACAAAGCGAAUACAUAACUCGGAGACGAUAUACAAUGGUUCAGCAUCUACUCCAUUUCUGAGUCAUGGAACUCAUGUGAUUGUCCAAAACUUAUUCGGAAACUUACCGGUGCGAAGAAAAAUGCUCACGUCCGCUGGCGUGCAUGACAAGCGACGGGCGCUCGAGAGCACGAUUUCCCAUUGCAAGAAAGCGAUGGUCGAGACUAUUUUAGCGUCAAUGUGGCUUAGGAACGUGGAUAUAUGGUUUCGCGUGGACGGAAAGCUGGUAUUCAGCUAUUCCGGCGGAGAGAUCUAUGACGAUGGUAUCACCGUUAUAAAAAGAGCCUACGGAGACGAUGUUGUCGAUACAUAUGAGGCUUUUGACAAAGUUGAAGGGGAUAUAGCUAUCAAAGGGGUUAUAUCCCCAAAGCUCACGCGAUCAAAGAAUCACCAAUAUAUCUAUAUCAAUAAUCGGAAACUGGUAUCAGACAGUUUACAGAAGGAGAUCAACGAUUUGAUGAAGAGAUGUCUAGAGAACCCUGACGAUGAUGAUUUCGAUAUAUCAAAGAAUCCAUUCUAUAUUCUUUGGAUUUCGGCGCCGUUAUCCGGAUACGACGUCUGUCAGGAUCCAUCAAAAGCGAUAGGAACCCUCGAAAAUUACCAAGAUAUCAGAAACGCAUUAGUCAACUCCCUCAAGCCAGUUCUGGAACGACAAGAUAUCAGGGCUAUACCAUCUCCGCGCAAGAAACCACGACUUGCUAAUCGCCAACACUCAGUGACCGAAAAUCUCCACCAACGCUCUUUCAGUCUACGCGAAUUAGCGCUGUCAAAAGUGCGCAGUGGUAAAUCUGAUAUGCCAACUACCUGUAUACGAUGUUCAUCGCCGACGUUGUCUCGCCGCGAGGAUGAAGAUGGUGGGGGGAGUAGUAUGACGCGUCGAAGGUCGCUGUCUGCUGACGAUCAAAUGAACUAUCGAAACCGCGCGGAGAAUUGGAGACCAGAGGUAUUCGGAAAAUCAGAGGAAAGCAUUCACAGUCUUUCCCAGCGAAAUCUAUCUGAUGUUGACUCGGCAUCUAUCCGAAUCAGUAAAUCUGAAUUGCAGCAUGCAUCAGUCAUCUCACAGGUGAAUGAUCAGUUUAUAUUGAUCAAAACAAACGACAUAUUGGAGUCUGAAGUACCGCGACUUGUGCUGGUUGACCAGCACGCAGCUGAUGAGAGAGUCAGAGUUGAGAAGUUGAUCUCAGAGUAUUCGCAGGCAGUCCGCUUGAGAGCCAGCAACGGCGCUGCUGCUGCCGACGACGAAUUUUCCUUUCGACUCGAGCAUCCGAUGAGGUUUCCGAUCAACCUGUCAGAAGUUCAAAGUCUUGAACGGUACCGAGACCAGUUUGAAGCAUGGGGUAUUACAUAUCGCAUCGACGGUCUAAAGACUGGUCCACACGGUACCUUUGAGUUACAGGAAGACGCAAGGUUAGAAAUCAGUCGUCUGCCGAAAACGAUCGGUAACCGUUGCUUAUCUGACCCGAAGCUGGCGAAUCGUAUUAUCUUGAGGCAUAGCCAGGAUUUACAGUCGGGACGUGUGCCAGCGCUUUUGCUGGGCAAAGGUGAGGAGGCGGUUUCUGCGGAGUCGGUUGCAGGUUGUCUUCCAAAGAUGAUUCUGGAGCUACUGAACUCGCGAGCCUGUCGAGGGGCAAUAAUGUUUGGCGACAAGUUAGAGCUAGAAAAGUGCCGCGCUCUAAUCGCCAAUCUCACUCAAUGCGAGUUUCCAUUCCAAUGCGCCCACGGCCGGCCUUCGAUGGUGCCGCUGGUGACUUUAAAUGGGACACCUCUCGGUAGCUCUAGUGUACUGGGUGGUAGUCAACCGCAAUGAUGACUUCAAGUGCACUUGAGGUAGGGGAUAUUAUAUUGGAUGAUUUAUCGAUGAAUAUUAUUUCUUGCGGCGAGACACGUUUACUAUGAUUGCACUGCCCACUCCUACCUCUCCUUAUGAUUCUGACGUAGCAAAACCUACCAAAAUCACAAAUCUUUUUAUUGCAAAGUCAUCUUCAACUACCACCAAUGUAUUGCCUUUAUAGGAAAGACAGCCAGGCCGACUGAAAAUACCAGGCCGAAUGCAAAGAACUCCCAAGGAGCUUUGGCAGUGAAUAGAUUUGGGAGGUAAGGUAUUUGAUACUCUGGCAGUUCAAUAACAGCAGGGAAAC